UUUGCCAAUAAUGCACUAUAACGUUGGAAGCUGAUAAACCCCACCCCAGAAGAAGAAGAGUGCGAGUUGUUGAUUGAUAGAUAUCGGUUGGGGAUAUCAAUGUGUUAAGCUGAUCUGCCGUAUGUGAAAGAGAGAGGAGCGGGGCACACUUUCUAAUUGACCUAUCACAAUUGAACUUUUGAGUAUGGUGCCCCAUAUGCUUGUAAUGCAGCACAACGCAAUGUGCUGGGACGGAUAGAACUGACACAACAUGGAUAACGCCUGUGAAAAUGCCAGAUCAAGAGAAUGGAGCUAUGGUGAUGGAUACAGCCGCCAUAAUAUGGCUCAGUGGGAAAGUGCUCCCCCUGCUGGUGAAAGACAGUACCUCAUCCAACAGGAAAGGGAACGCCAGUGGCUGAACCAUGAGAAAGAAGCUGCCAUACGGGCCCACUACAACUCCCUUAGACAAAACUCUCCAAUGGACUUCCGUGGACAUGGGGCACAAGAGACCCAGCCUCUGCAUCUGUAUCAUCAGGACCAUCACAGAAUGGCUCCGAGUCAGAACAUAAGGGAUUGGCCGAAUCUGAGAGGCCAGGCAUCCCCUAAUGUAACCUUACACCGCAGUGGAGAGAGAACAGAAACAUGGGCUAAGCAUGAACCCCACUUCCCCAGCUAUGAGUUUUUGCCCCCACUCAUUGUCGAAAGAGGGCAUGAUGAUAUAACCCAUCGCCAUAAAGCUGACUGGGAUUAUAUGGUUGGUCGGAUAGUGAAUCAUAACAAGCUCCAUUGCUUGGAAAGCAAAUGGCAGAUGUUAGAUCCCACCCAUUCCAAUGGACAUGCUAGAGGACAUUUUAAUGAACAAUCAAGGGGACAUUCUAAUUCCUAUUCCAGGGUUCAUUCUACUGAAUGCUCAAAGGGAAGUUCUAGGGGUGGGUCUAGUGGAUGUUCUAGGGGUGGGUCUAGUGCACGUCCUAGGGGUGGCUCUACUGCACGUUCUAGGGGUGGCUCUAGUGGACGUUCUAGGGGUGGCUCUAGUGGACGUUCUAGGGGUGGCUCUAGUGGACGUUCUAGGGGUGGCUCUAGUGGAGGUUCUAGGGGUGGCUCUAGUGGAAGUUCUAGCGUCCAUUCCAGCAGGUCUCCCAGGCUGGACUUCCAGGCUAAGCAUGUCAACCCUUUUCAAACUAUGACCAACAGUUCUACAGACAUUCAGAACGCCAACAUCACUCCAACUGUUCCUACGGUCAACAACAAACACAGUGAAACAACAUCAGGACAUACAACAGGUCCUGCGAGAUAUUCUACAUCACUUGUGCAGACCUUUACUACGACUGCACAGCAGUGUGUUUUUACGGAUUUCCCUUCCACGGGAGGUACAGAAUCUGGUGUUGUUGACCUAAAAGCAGCCCAGGUAACAAAUGCAGACACCCAUGGUAUACUAGGACCUAGUGUUCCUUUCCAAGCCAUAACACAACAUACAGAUCAUCUUCCUGGCAAUGAUGCUCUGGUUUCUCACACACAGAUCUCUACCACCCCUGAACAGCAACAUGCUUCCUCUCCUUCUCUCACCGACACCCCUCAGGAAAAAUCUCAUAAACAUAAGAUCUCACUCAAGGAAAUACAGCACUGGCCCCAGAGUGUUUUAAGAUCUAAAAAUGGACCUGUAAAUGGGAAUAACUCAACACAAGACCCCUCUCAGUCCCAACAAUCUAGCACAGAGAAGAUGUAUGUUUUACAAGCAGGCAAAACACAACUACAUCUAAACACCAAAGACUACCAGGCGAGGCCCCCUGGGAGGUUUAGUGAUGAGGACUCCACUAUACGGCUGGAGAUUAAGUCCACCCCCAGGUACAUGACCCUGACGGCAGUCGCCACCGCUCCGCCGCCCCCCGUGGCUAUCGUCCCGCCAAUGGGUCCACAGCAGUCCCCAGAGCCCAUGGAGACAGAGAAUGCAGGCAAUGAGCUGCCAUUUAAGAUUUUACAGACCUGGUCCAUCAAUGAAAAACAGGCAGAAAACCUGUGGGAAAGAACUAAAGAUGAUGCAAGCUCUCUCUCUGUCCUAAAUGAGAUGGUUCAAGUUGAGAGUCUUCUGGAGUGUGAUAAACCUGUAGAUGCAUCUGCCACAAGUCCAAUGGCAUCUACAGGAGAGGACAAUGAUGAGGUCCGUCAGGUCAUCACACAAAUGGACAAGAGAUCACCUUCACCAUUUGUCCACACCAACCCUCAGGCAACUGAUAUUGUAUGCAUCGGUGGUGCCCAGAUAAUCGUGGAAGGUAGCUCUAAUGUUGCAGAUGAGAGCACUCUUGAUUUGUCCACAAUUGCUGAAGUUCAGUUCAAGUUAUGUGCGCUGCAGAGACUGGUUACUUAUCUGGAGAGUGCGACAACAGUCACAGAGGCAAAGGAUGGUUGUCUCGAGGCCAUAUUGAAGUUGUAUUGGGGAGGGGAUACCUCUAACCUGUUAGAAGCCUUAAAAGAUCAAAUGGAUGAGAAAAUCAUGCAGGAUGCGUCUGCCUGGGCCGCAGAGGAUGAGAAGGCCGUGGUUUUCUUUGCAGUCAGUGGUAUAUCACUAGGGGAAGUGCUCGAGAAGUUUCCCAUUCCAGUACAUGUUGACACCUCUUCCCAAGUGGGUUACAGGUCGUCAUGGUUAAAUGUCAACGAGAAGCUGAAUGACAUUGACAAAGAUUCUGGAAGAGCUUGGUCUCUGUGGUACAUACCAGAUAAAGCAGAGGACAGUUCCAAAGUGGUUGGAGGUGUCCAGAAGGAUGACACCAUCCACAGCAAGAUGGAGACCGUGGAAUUUCCUGCAGAAGCAACAGACUCAGACCUCACAACAAACACAGACCUCACAACAAACGCAGACUUAGAGGCAGAACCCCAUUCCCCAAUGAUUUUGACCGUCCUCACACCAGAGGAUGCUGUGAAGCUGCUUGCUGAAACAGAGGCACCAGACACAGACCUCAAAACGGUCGUAGACCUCACAACAGACUCGGACACAGAACCCCUUUCCCCAAUGAAUUUGACCAUUCUGACAUCUGAGGAUGCCAUGAGACUGUUUUGCCAGAUCGAGAAUGGCUCUCACCUCCAAUUCGCGUCCCCUGAAUCCUGCUCUAAAAACAAAGAUAAGACACAGACAAAGCAACUAGAGAAUAUAGAAAGUGGCAGCUUAGAUAAGUCCUGCUACUGUCCUUGUGGUAUUGAAACUGACAAUGGGUUUGAAAUGGACCUAUGCUCCAGUUGUCAGAGAGAGAAAGGAUUGCAGCAAGAUACAAGAUGCAUAACAAUCGCUCACUGCUUUACCAUGUCAUGUACAAAUGAUCAGGAGACAGAGGUCCCCAAUGACUCUGGGGGGAAGGUGACUGUUGACAGUCAAUGCAGGGACAAGAAGCAGAUACAUUCAACUGAAGAAGAGGGUGAUGACAAUAAAUCCAGUGACAAUAAGACACAGGGUGAAAUGCAGCAAUGGACAGGCGUCAUACCGAUCAUUGACUUUUUUUUCUGGUCAGAUACAAGUGAGGAUUCCGAUCAGGAGACAGAGGAGAGCUAUAAUGAACAACAUGCUCAGAUUGAGGCUCAUGCUUCUAAUGUGAAAAGGACAGAGCCUGAAACUGAUGCCAAAGCACCAUGUGAGUCAGCCCAAGAACGUACGACCCAAAGCAAAGUCAGUCCUGGUUCUGAGGAUAGGGAAAGAUGGCAAGAGAAGGACCAAGACUGCAGGAUGAGUACAUUACCACGUCCCAAGGUUGAAAACCCCUCUAAGGUAAGAGCUAACAUCAUAGCAGACAACUGGUGUUCACCUAUAGAGGACUGUGGUUCACCUGUAGAAAAGUAUGACAAAGUUGCUGACUUUGUCACCCAAUACAAAACCUGCAAGUCAAAGAAAAAAGUACAUCAAAAAAUGGAAAAGGAGAAGACCCUCCAUCCAAUGUCAUCUGACAGGCAAAGUUACAAGAAAAGCCAUGGGAGAGCAGAGAGGGGAAGGACACCAUCCCAAACCGCUAAGAGCUCUGGGUUGAAGGCAACUGUGGAUAAUCAAUGCAGGGACCUGAAGCCACAUGCAUCACACAAGUGGAGACAUUCAACUGAGAGUGAUGAAAAUCGAUGUAAAGACAAGAAGAGGGGAUCAUCAACUGUGAAAGAGUGUGAGGGCUGUCAAUCCAGGGACAAGAAGCCACCGAAGAGGAGACAUUCAACUGAAACUGAUGGCAGGAACUCAGACUCCAAAGAGUCACAGUGCCAGUUGGUGGACAUAGAGAGGAGCAGUGGAAUCUCACUCCCAUGCCCUAGGGUGAAAACCCUCCAUGUGCAGGGAUCCUCAACCACCAUCAUUCCUCUCAAAAUCUCCAUAAACAUCCCCAAAAAGACUUCCAUAAACACCUCACCCUCUAAACAUACUGAAGUCCCCAGAAUGCCAAAGACUAAAGCCCAGAAAAAAACUAACAGACACCGCUCCCCUGCAAAGUUAAUGUCUCAUGUUGUCAAAGAGCGGCAGAGGAACGACAUCAAACACAAGCAAAAAAUUCAAUGCCAAAAAGUCAGAUUGAAAAAGCUGUCCUUACCCAAACAUCUUGUCAGGAAAGGUUCUCCAUCAAGCCGGGAGAGCGAGGAAGAUUCUCCACCAAGCCUGAGGAGAGGGAAAGGUUCCCCACCAAGGCAGAAGAGGGUGGCGGAUAGAGGAGAGUCUGGGGGUUUAGGGAUAAUGGUCUCUAAGAUUCCUGACUCGUCCAAGAAACUAAAACCUACGGCAGAGAGUGACUUGACAUCCCAACAAAAAUUGACACAGAUUCCGAAGGUGUUGAAAAAGAAUGAGAAAGGAAGGUUGUCAAAAAGUGAGUGUGAGUACGAGUCGCUGCCCCCCAAGCCAAAGCUGCCAAGGAUUCCGAAGCUUCCGAGGACUCCAGAGGUUUCAAAGGAUUGGUGUGAGAGAGAGAACAGAGAAGAGACAUCUCCCAGUGCUUCACCUGAAUCACAAAUGCUGAACAAAUCUGCAAGAGUGGCACACAAGCCCAAACCUUUUAUCAAGCCUGCCAGGCCCAAUGGUUAUAGCCCAGGUAGUCAUGCUUGCCCUAAUCCGGCCAGGUUAUCACCGGAACAUGACAACCGCCAUUUUGGGGCAAAAGUCUCUGCGAGGCAGCAGGUGUUCUCAGAUUGGGAGAGCAGCUUUGUCCCGACUCCAACCCCCCGGACUCGCAGGCAAUCAGGGUGUCCUCCAGAGGAAGUGGAAGGUCAACAGGCCAGUCCCAGGUCCACCUCGGAGACCAGGAUCAUCCGACCCAUUCUAAAACGUGUCGAUGCUCCGCCAAAACCCAAGCGGAACAUCAGCUUUCCUUUGAAUCCAAGAAACGUGCACUACUUCAAGCCCAGUGAAUAUGAAAAUUACGUCAUGUUCAACAGGUCUUACACAGAUCCGGAAGAUGCACAGCGCUAUGAUGAUGAAGAGGAAGAUACUUCUGUGAACUGCCAGAACAAGAAGAAACAGCCCCCCGUUAUGGAAGCGAAGCAGCAAGAUAUAGGGGAGCUGAAGCCUGGACCAAGCGGUUUAUGUGAAAAGCGCUUCAAAAGGAAGUGGGAAAUGCAGGAGCCUGCUGCCAUUUUGAUGAAGGAGAGCAUUGUUCAGGCAAAGCAUUGGACGAAGUCUCUCCAUCGUGAUCCUCCAAAAGAAUUCAGACACUCAGCAAAAAUAACUGGAGUUGGUUACAUCAAGUCAGAGAAGCAGAAGAGGCCAAAUGAAAUUGAAGGUUCCUCUCGGAAUUCAAGUCCUCGUCACGGUCAUCAUUCAGGUUCUUCUCAGAAUUCAAGUCCCCGUCACGGUAACCAUCCGACUGACUCUCUGCAUGCAAGUCCCCGUCACGGUCAUCAUUCGGGUUCCUCUCAGAUUUUAAGCCCCCCUCGUGGUCACCAUUCAUCCUCCAGCCAGGGGAGAAGAGUUGAGCCAACGGCCAGGCACCAUGGCUUUCCGGUGGACGAAUGGAACGAGUGGUGGUCAGAAGACAGACGUGAUUCGUAAGCCAAUCAGUCGGCCAUGACAGGAUACACCAGACAGUACAAUAGUUGAUGCAACCUGCAAAGACAAUGACAUCGUGCCUAUGCUGUUUAAAAAAAAACUUGAAACACUACAGACAGCGCCUAAAUGUAGGCUACAUUAUGCAGUUUAAUUUUCUACAUGUUUUUAGAUUAAUACAUGUCUUAUUUCUCUCCCUAUAAUAAGGUUGGUUAUCUGUGGUUGAAACAGUCAGAAGUGUGUAUUAUAUACUAUGUACAUUGUUGCUCUUGACACCUAACAUGCUGACCAAACCGCCCGCUUGCGUGGGUACGCCAUCGCGUGCAAGUUGAUUUUGUUCACCCACACCAGAAGCGAUCAGGACACGCAGGUUGAAAUCAACACACUGAUUAGAUUAAUUUGUGGACAGGUCAAAAAGCAUUAAACAUUUAUGGCAAUUUAGAUAAAUUAGCUAGCAACAGCAAGCGAGCUGUCAGCCACCAAGUAUUUAGUCAGCCACCAAUUGCGCAAGUUUUCCCACUUAAAAAUAUGUGAGAGGCCUGUAAUGUUCAUCAUUGGUGUCACGGUUUUCAUAUGGUGAAGGAGAGUCGGACCAAACUGCAGCGUGUCUAUUGUGAUCCAUGUUUAAUAAAACAAACGUAACACGAAUCAAUACAAAACACUACAAAAACAAAUAAACGAAAAUGAAAACCGAAACAGCCUAAACUGGUGUCAACUAACACAGCACAAGGACACUAAGGACAAUCACCCACGACAAACUCAAAGAAUAUGGCUGCUUAAAUAUGGUUCCCAAUCAGAGACAACGAUAAGCACCUGCCUCUGAUUGAGAACCACUCCAGACAGCCAUAGACUUUGCUAGAUAACCCCACUAGCUACAAUCCCAAAUACAUACACACCAAAACCCCAAGACAAAACACACCACAAUACAAAAACUCCAUGCCACACCCUGGCCUGACCCAAUACAUGAAGAAAAACACAAAAUACUUAGACCAGGGCGUGACAGAACCCCCCCCCCCCCCCCUAAGGUGCGGACUCCCGAACGCACCUCAAAACAAUAGGGAGGGUCCGGGUGGGCGUCUGUCCAUGGUGGCGGCUCCGGCGCCCCUGGAUAGACCACCCUCGCCGCCGACCAUGGCCCAGUAAGUCCUCACCCAGAACCCCACUGGACUGAGGAGCAGAUCGGGACUAAAGGACAGCUCGGGACUAAGGCAGCUCGGGAGUGAGAGAAAGCUCGGGAGUGAGAGAAAGCUCGGGAGUGAGAGAAAGCUCGGGAGUGAGAGAAAGCUCAGGCAGGUUGAUGGAUCUACCAGAUCCUGGCUUGCUGGUGGUUCCGGCAGAUCCUGGCUGACUGGCGGAUCCUGGCUGAGUAGCAGAUCUGGCGGAUCCUGGCUGACUGGCGGAUCCUGGCUGACUGGCGGAUCCUGGCUGACUGGCGGAUCUGGAAGAGUCUGGCUGACUGGCAGAUCUGGAAGAGUCUGGCUGACUGGCAGAUCUGGAAGAGUCUGGCUGACUGGCAGAUCUGGACAGACUGGCGGCUCCUUGCAGACUGGCGGCUCCUUGCAGACUGGCGGCUCCUUGCAGACUGGCGGCUCCUUGCAGACUGGCAGCUCUGGCUGCUCCAAACAGGCAGGAGGCUCCGGCAGCGCUGGAGAGGAGAAAGGCUCCGACAGGGAAGGAGAGGCGAGGCGCACUGUAGGCCUGAUGCGUGGUGCUGGCACUGGUGGUAUUGGGCCGAGGACACGCACAGGAAGCCUGGUGCGGGGAGCUGCUACCGGAGAGCUGGGGUGUGGAGGUGGUACUGGAUAGACCGGACCGUGCAGGCGCACUGGAGCUCUUGAGCACCGAGCCUGCCCAACCUUACCUGGUUGAAUACUCUCGGUUGCCCUGCCAGUGCUGCAAGGUGGAAUAGCCCGCACUGGGCUAUGUAGGCGAACCGGAGACACCGAGCGCAAGGCUGGUGCCAUGUAAGCCGGCCCAAGGAGACGCACUGGGGACCAGAUGCGUAGAGCCGGCUUCAUGGCAUUUGGCUCGACGCUCAAUCUAGCCCGGCCGAUACGCGGAGCUGAAAUAUACCGCACCGGGCUAUGCACCCGCACUGGGGACACCGUGCGCACCACUGCAUAACACGGUGCCUGCCCGGUCUCUCUAGCCCCCCGGUAAGCACAGGGAGUUUGCGCAGGUCUCCUACCUGGCGUAGCCAUACUCCCUGAUA